CCUAAGGUCCAUGCACCUCCUCCAGCUCAAACCCCGCCACAAGACGAUGGCGAGCCUGAUGUCGUUAAGACAUUCUGUCACCACUGCCGAAACACGAACACCAGACCCAAGAUGCAAUGUUCCAAACGCCGUCCAGACCGCCAAAUCUGCGGGAAACGGUUUUGCAACCGAUGCAUCCUGAACCGGUACCCUGAGAUGACGUUUGUUCGCAAUUACAAGACAUUUGUCUGUCCGGUCUGCCUUGAUACCUGUAACUGCUCCUCAUGCGCGCGGAGACGCGGGGAGGAGUACAUUUCCAUGCGUGGAGGUGGAUUUGCGGGGUCUCGCACCAAGUCGGGCAUUGUACUCAUCCCUGACAGUGCCCAUGCAGGCCCAGUCCAGGAUGACUCAAUGACGCCUGAGCCUCCUGAAAGUGCGCCACAGACGAUGUUCUGGGCUCAUGUUUACGGUCUUGAAGGCGAGCGCGUCGGUCGUGCAUUUAUUGACGACGCCAGCGCCUCUGCCCCUGUUCGGCCCACGCAACCCACGAAGCAGCGCGCCCAAAAAGGACGAGCGAAGCAGAAAGUACAAGCGAAGGCGAAGGCGAAGAAAACACCGAGGGUAUUCAUCGGGACGCCUCUACGGGAGUGGAAGAUCCGCACGAUUAAAGACCUCGAGCCUAGCGCUGAGAUCCCGCCUCUCGUCUCGGAAGAAAACUACGAAGGGAAAGGGAAGGGCAAAGCUGUUGAACGACCGCGUGUUUAUAUCGGCGAUGCGAGGUGGUUACACCUACCAUAUGCGCGUAUGCCUGUGUCGUCUCAAUCUUCGCGCGCGUCAUCGCCGGACUCGGAAUUGGAGCUGGACUCGGAUGGGACGUUGACGCCGUUGGAGGAUUUGGAGGAGGAGAUGGGGUGGCCGCAGCCUGAGGUGGGGGAGUCUGUGACUGUGACGUGGGGGUCGACGCGUGUGCAAGAUCGGAGUGCGUCUAGUUCGUUGUCGCCGGAUGAUUUGGUCAAGGCUAUUGGGGUUGCGUUGGCGGCG